AUGGGUGGAUGUAAAGCCUGGCCUGGGCACCGUUUCUGCCACACCCGCUCCUCUCUGCUCUGGCGAAUGCUGCACUGCGAGGCAUGUUUUGGUCUGACCACGAUAACUCAUUCGCCUCGAACGGUAGGGCUCGCUCUAGGUAUCAAGAUGCGAAGCAGACCAUGGAGCCCAAGUCACCCCAAUGCGAAACAGGUCAAGCCGAGAUGAAUGCCGUACCUGUAAGGCCGCAUCGGCAAAGGUCCCGAUAGAGGCGAAAGUCCGGCAGUAAUGAGCUGCUCAAAAAUUCAAGCACUGAGAGCCAUCAUUUGGUUGUAUGCUUUGCUUUGGUAUUCGAGUGACAGGCAACCCGGACG